AUGUCGCAAGUGUUCGGGCCCGCUCCUUUGCAGCCCUUGAACGAGAAGAUGCGGCAUGGUUUCGAGGAAGACUACAACUCAGAAAACUUUCUCAAUCUCCUAGCCAACUCGUUCUACAUUUAUUUUGAUGAUAAACGUCAUAAUGCUACGGGCAAUCCGAUUCCCGACGAAUUGAAAAUGGACCCAGCUCACUAUAAAACCUACCAGCCCAUCCACGACUGGAAAGUGAUGAAGGAGCGCCAGAAAACCAUCAGUGCUGUUCUUGUUCUUUGUUUGAACUUGGGUGUGGAUCCUCCAGAUAUCAUGAAGACUUAUCCAUGUGCCAAGUACGAGGCUUGGUGUGACCCGUCACUCUUUCCCGAUACGAAAAAAGCCAUCGAGUCCAUUGGGAAAAACCUCCAGGCGCAAUAUGAGACGCUAUCUCUUCGUACUCGUUAUAAGCAAUCUCUCGAUCCAUGUGUCGAAGACGUCAAAAGAUUCUGCAAUACUCUUCGAAGAAAUGCCAAAGACGAACGAAUAUUGUUCCAUUACAACGGUCAUGGUGUUCCCCAACCGACGGCUUCAGGAGAAAUCUGGGUCUUCAACAGAGGCUAUACUCAGUACAUUCCCAUCUCUUUAUACGAUCUUCAAACCUGGAUAGGUGCUCCAGUUAUAUUCGUCUACGAUUGUAACAGUGCUGGAAACAUUGUCCACAACUUCAAAAAGUUUGUCCAGAAGAGAAUCGACGACGAUAACGAGGGAAACCACGAUAUGAGUGCUCCGUCUCCAACGUCUGCAUUUCUCGAUAGCAUCCAACUUGCAGCAUGUAAAAGCAAUGAACUUCUUCCCAUGAGUCCUGAGCUUCCCGCAGACUUGUUUUCGUGCUGCUUGACCUGUCCCAUCGACAUUAGCAUCAAAUGGUUCAUUUUGCAAUCACCAUUGAAGAAAAACUACUACUCGCUUCUCCCCAAAAAUUCAGUGGGAAACGCCAUAAUUCCCGGAAAAUUGACCGAUAGACGUACACCAUUGGGAGAACUCAACUGGAUCUUCACAGCUAUAACCGACACAAUUGCUUGGACCACACUUUCUCGUCCCAUAUUCAAAAGAUUGUUUCGACAAGAUUUGAUGGUGGCUGCACUCUUCAGAAAUUUCUUGCUAGCCAAGAGAAUUAUGCCCCACCUCAACUGCAACCCCAUCAGUGAUCCCCCGUUGCCAGAUAGCGUUAGGCACCACCCUAUGUGGGACUCGUGGGACUUGGCGAUCGACCAAGUGUGUGCCCAGUUGAUCAGAGACGAUCCAGAACAUAAGCACAAACCGGUAAUUUCCGACCCAAUUGCACCCAUAAGUGCCAAUGACAAUGCCAGCGGCCAAGCCAAUCAGAUUCCUGGCCAACCAGGCUACGUCAAUUUACCCAAUUAUCAGCAUUCCACGUUCUUUGAGCAGCAACUUACAGCCUUUGAAAUAUGGCUAAAGUUUGCCGGUCCUUCAACCAAAGAGCCUCCAGAACAAUUGCCCAUCGUGCUCCAAGUGCUACUUUCUCAAGUGCAUCGUUUGAGAGCUUUGAUAUUGUUGUCGAAAUUUCUCGACUUGGGCCCUUGGGCCGUAUAUCUUUCUCUCUCGAUUGGAAUUUUUCCAUAUGUUCUCAAGUUGCUUCAAAGUCCCGCCCAGGAAUUGAAGCCUGUUCUCAUCUUUAUUUGGGCCCGAAUAAUGGCAAUUGACCACAAGAGCACCCAGCAGGAACUCUGCAAGGACAAAGGAUACAACUAUUUUUACCUCAUUUUAAACUCCAGUCCGGGGAAUCUGAACGGUCCAGUGGGCGCACCAGGAGGCUAUUCGAACACCAAUAUCUUGAUAAAUGACGACCAUAAAGCCAUGAGUGCUUUCAUCUUAACGCUAUUCAUCAAAGACUUCAAAAAUGGUCAGCGGUUAUCGUUCUCCGUUGAGCUUAUUCACAAUUGUCUAAAGUUCAUUUCCACGAGCGAGAACCCUUUGUUAAGACAAUGGUGCUGUUUGCUUUUAUCUCAGCUCUGGAACAACUAUCCCGAUGGAAAAUGGAUCAACUAUAAAGAUGGCUACCUUAACAAAUUGCUUUUGAUGGUUAAUGAUCCUAUUCCUGAGGUUCGUACGUCUGUCAUUCUCGCCUUGACCACGUUCUUGAGCGACGUAGACGGCGAGUCUCUGCCACAAGGAAGCAUGAAUGCUGCUUUGCGGAAAGACGAAUUGAAGCAGCAAGAUCUUAAGCUCGCCAACACCAUUUUAGGACUACUUGGAGACGGCUCUCCAAUGGUACGCAAGGAGAUCAUUUUCUUCAUUCGCAAGUUUAUCAACAUCUACUCAAAGUUCUUUUUGGUUGUGUCUUUCAAUCAGCUUGAAGAAGAAAUUGUGUUGAUCGACAACCCCAAUGAACUUAAUGAGUUCCGGAAAAAGUCUCCAGCAUACGGUCUGAUUUUCUCGUCGAUCUGGAAAGCGUUGCUCAUUCUUACUGAGGACCCCCAUCCUGAAAUCAAGCAGCUAGCAGAGAUUCUCGUGGAUCAAAUCAUGCUCCAGUUGAACAAAAGUGAGCUUGGCCAAUUGGUCCGUGAAAUGGAAGAGUAUUUGUUGAGCAAAUCCACCCUUAAUAUGAGCCAAACUUUUGGACAAGGUGCACCUUCGAAACCCAUAAUUAAUCGCCAAUUGAAUGGUGACGGAAGACGUCAAGUUUCCAGCGGAUCAACCCUCCAGCGCAACAGCAGCAUGCAAAGAAACAAUAAUGUUCUCAAGAUCACUUCCAGACCUCGAUCUGUGUCCACCAACAACAUGGAAGACUCCAACCAUUCCGACUCCGACUCUGUAUCUUCUAAGCUCAAAAACUUUUCAAUAGCCAAAUUGUUCAAGUCGCUUCAUAUUUCUGAGGAAACUGACCUCAAGAACUUUUCCAGGAUGUUGAGUUCAGGACCCAUCACCAGCAAUUAUGGAGCAGAGUACAAGCCCAAGAGCGCUCGUUUCAAGCCCAGAGACUUGACGAAGGAGCCCAAGCUUCCUGACGAGUCCGGAUUCUUCCAGUACAGCUGUGAGUAUUUCCAGGAGCCGCAAAUGUCCAAAAAUGAAAUCGACGAGCCUGGGUCUGAAGAGUACGUGAAGCGCAUUUGGCGCAGAAACAGAAACGAGUCUAUCAUCCAGGAAACCCAACCGCAAAAGACAAUGGCAUUGCGUGGAGAUUGGAACAAAAAUAUCCGAGUGAUGAACAACAAGAGCCAGCCUCGGUUAAUCAAAUUCACCCAGUUCGAAAAGCUCUUGGUUGCCUGUGAUGACAAGGACAAUAUGUCGGUGUGGGACUGGGAAGACUGUAAGCUGGUGAAGAAGUUUUCCAAUGAAAAUCCUUUUGGAACCAAAAUCACCGAUAUCAAGUUUCUCAACGAGGACGAUCUUCCGCUCGUUCUCACCGGUUCUUCUGAUGGAGUGGUGAAGAUAUACAAAAAUUUCCACCUCGAGGAUGAACAGAUCGAGUUGGUGGCUUCAUGGCGAGCAUUGACAGACCUUCUUUUGACGUCGAAAAGCACAGGACUUGUUUCGGACUGGCAGCAAUCUCGAGGGUCGUUGCUCGUUAGUGGAGAUGUGAAAAUCAUUCGGGUUUGGGAUGCGCCCCGUGAGCUUUGCCUAGCGGAUAUUCCUGCUCGUUCGUCGUCUUCCAUCACCUCGUUGACCUCGGACCAAGUCACAGGAAACUUAUUUGUUGCUGGGUUCGACGACGGUUCGGUGAGAGUUUACGACCGAAGAUUGGAUUCGCGAGAGUCGAUGGUGAGGGUGUGGAACGGAGCCAAGGCACAACCCGGUGUUUCUUCUCGCCGCAGGUAUGGCCAUGGAAGUAUCAGGAACACCAGAAUGCAAAGAGGUGGACUUCGUGAAUUGGUAACGGGUUCUUCCGAUGGAUACGUGAAUCUAUGGGACAUCAGAGAAAGUGAACCAGUGCUUACUUUUACCAACGAACCCGAAAAGUCUAUGCGGUGCAUCGACGUUCAUGAACAUGCUCCAGUGAUAACUACCGGGUCCAAAUCUGUGAGCCUUUGGAGCACUUCUGGCGAUAUGGUUUCUGUGUUGAAAAAUCCACACGAAUCGCUUUUGACCAAUCGAACCGCCAGCUAUUUGACCGGCACCACGUUCCAUCCUCACCGGAUGAUGUUGGCGACGAACUAUAACCAGGAUGGACAUAUAAAUGUGUACUCGUGCUCGGACAUCAUACAGGAGUAUUAA